AUGAAAGGGUUCUGGAACCAGCAUGAGACCGACGAGGAUCGGGCCGGGCGGAGCUCGCCCCCGGGCCGGUCCUCUGAGGACACCCGGCCGGACACCCGGGUGGACGAGCACACACGGCUCCUGCCGAACCGCAUCCAUAGCACGCCGUAUCUCUCGCCCGACGACCCCGCUGUUUCGCCGUACAACCUCUGGACCGUGCGCUUUGUCCGCUGGAUCACUGUCGCCCUGACCGUCAUCACCUUUGUCUGGUGGGUGUUGAUGGUCGUCUCGGUCUUCAUCACGCCCCCCGGCCUGCAUGUCCGGGGAUCUCCCUUCUUCGCUUUCGACUAUGCCUCGCUCGCGCUCCUUACCUUGAUUGUCACGCUGCUGUUUUUCUCCGUCCCCAGCAGGCUGGCGAGGAUAUUUGGCAUUGUCAACGCGGUUGUGCUGCUUGUUGACGCCGUCAUGAUCCUGGCGGUUCCGGGGCUGCGACACGCCGAGAUCUGGGUCGGCAUCGCCAGCGUCAUCUGGGCCGCGCUGAUGGCGGCCUGGUUCGUGGCCGCCGACCGAACAGUGCAAUGGGCCAAGGCUGAGGAGGAAGAGCGCUUGACCGGUCGCCCGGAGAGCAGGCGCACAGUGUUAGAAUGGGCCGAGGUCACCUUAUCGACAGUUGUGCUGGUCGCCAUGAUAUGUAUCGUGGGGCUUAUGACGCUCACGUUGACGUUGCGGGCCAUCGACGUCGGUCUCCCACCUCCUGGCGAGCGGUAUUGGGUGGACGGCGAUAGAUAUCAAAUCCAUCUGUUCUGCUAUGGCAACAAAACCGACGCGGCUGGGGCGAGGUCGACCACGGUACUGUUCGAAGGGGGCGAGGAUCCGGUGGAGCGUGGUCUAUGGCAGUUUGCGGAAAACGCCGUCAAGAACGGAUCCAUCACUCGGUUCUGUUUUGCUGACCGUCCGGGUAUGGCAUGGAGUGAUACCGCGCCAUCCCCGUUCUCGGCGAGUAUCGCUUCGGACGGCCUGAGCGAAACACUCACCCGAGCUGGAGAAGAAGGGCCUUGGAUACUCGCCAGCGCUGGUAUCGGGUCCUUGUACUCGCGUGUCUUCAGUUCCCGCCAUGGCGAUCAGGUGCGAGGCAUCCUCAUGAUUGAUCCUCUCCACGAGGACCUCCUCGCCCGUACCGGCAGCCCUGGGCGCGGCUUCCUCCUUUGGAUCCGGGGCGUCAUUUCGCCUUGCGGGAUUGAUCGUAUCCUGGGUGCCAUUUUCAGGGGUAGGCGGGCCGUGGACCGGGUUUGGGGCCGUUCCUCGUAUCAGUCCGGAACCACCAUCUUUGCCAAACUCCAAGAGAGUCUCGUGGCAGAGUCGCUCACCAAGCGAGAUGUGGUCUCCAGCCGUGCCAUCCAGGAUAAGGAUACACCGCUCGUGGUGAUCAGUUCAGGCCACCAAAUCCGUAAGGACAGGGACUGGGAGAACAAGCAACGGGAUCUGAGCCAUCUCACCACAAACCUGGAGAAUUGGGACAUUGUGGACGAUGCACCUCACCGUGUUUGGGAUACCUUGGGCGGGAGAGAGAUUAUCGAGAGGAGACUAAGAAAGCUGGUUAACUAG